GUUUGUAGUUGUGAACGGAUAUGUUGGUUGCCUUAGUGAGAUCCUGUGAGUGGUCCAUGCUAGUUUCUUCUUUCAGCUAGGGUAGUUGUUAGUGUAAUAACCGGAGCAGAACGUGUACUGACUGCUGAAGGUAAGUGACCUUAGAAUUAGCAUAUUCCUUUCAGAUACGGUGUAUGAGGUUAUUUCAUUUGAUACAGGUAAGUAACCUUAGCAUUGACGUUUCCCUUACAGGUUUUGUUUAGGGUAAGUGUCUAUGGGUUUUCUAUUUUAUUGGUUGAUUUAUUGUAUAUGUAGCUCUGGUUUUCAUUUUUUUCCCCACCAUGUCCUCUACUCAAGAAUUGAAACGUCUUGGAGAAGAACUUGAAUUAAAAGGAAAAGAUCUUCAGGAUUUUAUUCUCAAAGAACAAGCGAGGGAGCGUGAGGAAAGACAGAAUCAGAGAGAGCUGGAAAAUGGAACGUAGUGAGAGGGAACUGAACAUGUUAAGAAUACAGGCAGAGUUAGAGAAGGAACGAGAGGCUAGGUCUAUGCGAGAGCAUGAGCGACAGCUGCAGUUGUUGGAAAUGAAGAGCAGACAAGUGAGUGGAGCACCCCCACCGAGUUCACGUUCUGUUAUCAAGGGGCCAAAACUUCCUCCUUACGAAGAGGGAAAGGAUAACAUUGAUUCGUACUUACAGAGGUUUGAGCGGUACGCGACAACACAAGGAUGGGUUAAGGAUAGUCAGUGGGCACCCAACCUGAGUGUGUUGCUGAAAGGAAGAGCCCUUGAUGUUUUUUCGAGACUUCCUGUUGAGCAGAGUCUAGACUAUGAGGUGCUGAAAUGUGCUCUACUGAAGAGAUUCGAGAUGACAGAGCAAGGUUUCCGGAAGCGGUUCAUAGAUGGUAGACCGGAAAAAGGUGAGACCUUUAGCCAGUUUGCUGUUAGACUCGACAGUUAUUUUCAAAGAUGGUUGGAGAUGGCAGGUAUAGAGAAAAGCUUCGAAGGACUGAAGGAUUUGAUGGUUCGAGACCAAUUUCUUCGUGCCUGUGGAACGGAUCUUACGUUGUUCCUUAAGGAGAGAAUUCCUAAAUCUAUUGGAGAGAUGUCCAAACUUGCUGACCAGUAUGCUGAGGCACGAGGUGAUGCAUCCAGCUUAGCUAGGCCGAAGUAUGGAGGGCAUAAGUCAACUUCCAGCAACACGAAUCAGCAGGGACAGUCUAGCAAGAUUACUGAUACGGGACCUAAAGACAAACCGAACACUGGUUCUGUGAAGCAUUGUUACAUUUGUCAGAAAACAGACCAUCUUUCAUUCAAUUGUCCACAAAAGGUUAGUAAGAAGAAGAAUGGAGCUAAUUAUGUUGCUUCUAAGGACAAGAAGAAAGACGGAAAGUCAGGUGUUACGCAAGUAAAGAGUGUAACGAAGACGGCUGACGAGGAUGCACAUGUAACUGCGUCUUGCAACGAAACGACGGAAAUGCCGGUCGUACAAGGAUUUGUUGGGAACCAUCCUGCGUCAGUUUUACGGGACUCUGGUUGUGAGCGAUGUAUUGUCCGGACAUGUCUUGUAAGAGAUGAGGAUCGCACUAGUGAGACAGAGACGUGUGUCUUAGCCAACGGACAAAAGGUUGAUGUUCCUGUUGCUUACCCAGUGGUGGAUACUCCUUACUUUAAAGGUAAAGUUCGGGCGUGGUGUAUGGAUACCCCGGUAUAUGACUUGAUACUUGGUAAUAUCAAGGGAGCCAGGAAGCCAUAUGAUCCAGAUAAGGAUUGGAAGCGAGAUGAGGGGUUGGACGCACAUGCAGUACAGACAAGAGCACAGAAGCGUAAAGAGGAUAAGCCGUAUCGUCCGAUCAAAGUGCCAAGUGUAAAAGACCUAGGGUCACCGGUGGAUAUCAAAACUGCUCAAGGGGAAGAUGAUAGUCUGAAGUCCGUUUGGGAAAUGGCGAAGAAUGGAACUACGAAGGACCGUUCCGAUGGUGGCCAAUCUCGGUUUUAUGUAUCCAGGGGACUUUUGUUCAGAGAGUUCAAGAGCCCUAUUUCUGCAAAUGGACACUUAUUUAAACAGCUUGUGGUUCCUACGGUGUACAGACCAACAGUUCUGCAGUUAGCUCACGAAUCCAUGAUGGCAGGUCACAUGGGAGCGAAGAGGACACUGGAGAGAAUAACCACGGAAUUUUUCUGGCCAGGAAUAACUUCUGAUGUGACAAGAUACUGUCGGUCUUGUGACGUCUGUCAGCGGACGUACCCUAAAGGAAAGGUUGGUAAGGUACCAAUUGGAUCGAUGCCGUUGAUCGACAUUCCUUUUCAUCGGGUGGCCAUUGAUAUUGUGGGACCAUUGGAUCCAGUAACAGAGAGAGGCAAUCGGUAUAUACUUACCAUUGUUGACUAUGCGACAAGAUACCCCGAAGCAGUGCCAUUGAAGGGAAUAGAAGCUGAACGGGUUGCUGAGGCUUUAGUUGAUGUCUAUAGUCGAGUUGGCAUACCCCAGGAAGUCUUGACGGAUCAGGGUGCGCAGUUUACCUCGGAUUUGAUGCGAGAGGUAAGUCGGUUGCUGUCUAUUCGUCAGUUAACUACGACACCGUAUCAUCCGAUGUGUAACGGCCUCGUUGAACGAUUCAACGGUACCCUGAAGCAGAUGUUGCGAAGGAUGUGUUCUGAAAGACCUCGUAAUUGGGAUAAAUAUAUCAACGCCUUGUUGUUUGCCUAUAGAGAAGUUACACAGGAAAGUCUUGGUUUCUCGCCAUUUGAGUUGCUCUAUGGACGCAAGGUGAGGGGACCGAUGAUGAUUCUUAGGGAACUGUGGACCAAGGAUAUUCAGGACCCUGAUAUCAAGACCACUUAUCAAUAUGUGAUUGAUCUGAAGGAGCGAUUGGAAGAGACUUGCAAGAUGGCUCAGCAGAAUCUGAAAUCAGCGAGGGCUCGACAAUCGAUCUACUACAACAAGAAGGCGAAAGACAGGAAGAUGAAUCCUGGGCAGAAAGUAUUAGUAUUGCUUCCUACGAAAAGGAACAAGUUAUUAAUGCAGUGGAAAGGACCAUAUAUGAUAGAGGAGAGAAAGGGGUCCAUGGACUACAAGGUCAAAGUCGAUGGAAAGUCAAAGACAUACCAUGCCAACCUGCUACGACUCUAUGUGGACAGGGAGACGGGCUGUGCAGUCAAGGAUGUGCCAGGUGUUCUAUCUGUAAUUUCUGCCAUGGCUAUUGAGGAAGGAGACGGUAAUGGUGGAGCGUUUACAGAAGAUGAGAUUGUUACGUCACCUGAGCCGACAAGAACUGAGACGUCUGAGGAUGUUCUGAUAUCAGAGUUGCUUAGUAAGGAGCGGAGGAAGGAUGUUCAGAAUUUGUUGGAUGAGUUUGAGGAUGUUCUCACGGAUGUUCCAGGGAAAACUAACCUAGGACAACAUGACAUCGUAACAUUGACAGAGGAGCCAGUCAGAGCUAAGAGCCAUAACAUACCCUACAAUAUGAAGAAGACGAUACAAGAUGAAGUCAAGAAAAUGUUAAAGAUGGGCGUGAUAACACCAUCCGAGUCCCCGUAUUCUGCUCCAGUGGUGAUCGUCAAGAAAAAAGAUGGCAGUAAUCGAUUUUGCAUCGACUACCGACAGCUAAAUAGAGUCACCAUUUUUGAUGCGGAGCCUAUGCCGAAUGCGGAUGAUAUCUUUGCACGGCUAUCUGGACAUCGGUACUUUUCUCGACUUGACCUCAGUAAAGGGUAUUGGCAGGUGCCCAUGGCUCAAUCAGCGAAACAGAAAACCGCGUUUUCGACUCCUGUUGGUCUGUUCGAGUUCUCUGUGAUGCCUUUUGGUUUGGUUAAUGCGCCUGCUACGUUUUGCCGAAUUAUGAGGAAAUUGCUCAAGGACAUGACUGGGAUUGAGAGCUUCAUAGAUGACAUUCUUGUGUACACAAGGACAUGGGAAGAACAUGUUUCUGUCUUGAGAGCGCUAUUCCAGAGGCUUCGAGGAGCGAGACUUACAGCCAGACCUACCAAAUGUGCUAUUGGCUAUGGAAGUCUGGAGUGCCUUGGUCAUAUAGUCGGAGAUCAAUGUCUUGCGCCAAAUCCAGAAAAGAUAAAAGCUAUCCUUGAAGUGCCGACACCAGAGACAAAGAAGCAAGUUAGAUCAUUCAUGGGAAUGGCAGGCUUCUACAGGAAGUUCAUACCAGACUUUGCUUCGAUAUCAGUUCCGUUAACUGAUUUGACUAGAAAGGGACAGCCACAUCGAGUUCAAUGGAAGGAGGCACAAGAGAGAGCAUUCAUUACUUUGAAGAAGAUGCUAUCAUCCAGUCCGAUACUCAAACUGCCUGAUAUUGAAAAGGAGUUUGUGCUACAGACCGAUGCGUCAGACUACGGGCUUGGUGCCGUUCUUUUGCAAGAGGAUGAAGGAACCUUAUUUCCUGUUGCCUAUGCCAGUCGAAAGCUUAAAGGCGGUGAAACAUCCUAUGCUGUGGUAGAGAAGGAAUGUUUGGCGGUGAUAUGGGGAAUCUUGAAGUUCCAGAAAUAUCUUUAUGGGCGACAAUUCACUCUCGAGACUGAUCACCAGCCGUUGCUAUAUCUCAACAAGAUGAAAGGGACCAAUGCAAGACUCAUGCGAUGGGCUUUGCAGAUACAGCCGUACCGUUUCACAAUUCGAGCAAUCAGAGGCAAAGACAACGUCAGUGCAGAUUGCCUCAGCAGGCUGUAGGAUGGAGGAAUUCAGGAGUUUUGUCUACUUUCCAGGAUAUAUAGUUUUAGGAGUAAAUGUCUUAUGUGUGAUGUGAAAAUGAAAUAUGUUACCUAUUUCAUUUUUCUAAAUGGGGGCGUGUGUCACAUGUCGACAUUUUAGGCAUUAUUCAUGGUAAGUAUUAGUGAUUGACUCGUGGAACAGGUAAGUAUAUUUAAAUUUCGCGGGCAAGGCAAAGCGCGGGAAUUACCUGGGCACGCGCAUGGGCUGUGUGUGGAGAAAAAAGACAGGUAAACAAUGGCGUAACCUGUGGUAUACACGACAGUGGGUGAAUUUGAGGGAGUUCAACGAAUAAGCGUGAACUACAGCUCACGCUUAUUAUCCAGUCCAGACUACUCAGUUUGUCUGCUAACAAAAUCUACGGUAGCCUAUAAGGGCCGAGGAAGAUGGAACUCCAGUUGGCAUCUACGGAUGUUUGUACACACCAUAAGUCGUGCGUCAUGAAUAGACAUUCAUGUUGUGUUGAGGAUAUGUGUAUCCUGAGAGGGUUAUACUGUUGGUACAGCCCGCAGUUAGACACUACUUCCUAGUAUGGAUGCCGGGAGUGUCACGUUCAUGCUGAGGUAUGGGGACCCGGUGAUGUAGUGGACCAGGUGUUUACCGGAGACGAAUCAGCAGCUGAGAUACUGUUCAGCUACAGUCAAAGGCCGGAACAUCCUGUGAUGGAGACAUUUGUAUUUGUCAGCUGAGAUACUGUUCAGCUACAGUCAAAAGGCGGAACAUUCUGUGAUGGAGACAUUUGUAUUUGUUCGUGGAGGAUAGACUUUGUUGUGAACAGAGAUUUGAGUUAUCAGACUGUUUGACUAUAACAUAGUGAUAUAGUGUAGUGGUGUAAUAUAUAUAUGUAUUAGUGUAGAUUAGGGUUUUAUAUACAUAUAUAGAUUUAUUAAUAUUUGUGUAAGAGUGGUUUAUAGCGAGUGUGAAAGAGUAUGCCAUAUAUGACCAAUAUGUUUAUGUAGAUAAUGUAAAUAAAUGUAAAUAUUGUAAUCGAGCCUUAUUUUAUCAAUAACAACAUCAUUUGCUCGGCAUACG